UUCAGUCUCAUUAUUUGCACACAAGUUUUGUUCAGGUGAAAACCCUUGGCCAAAAACUAUUGCAAACCACAGAAAUGUCAGGUGGGGUUGGUCCAACUUACAACGAUGUAAACCUACCAAGAGAACAAGAGAACAAGAGCUCAAGAGCUCAAGCCAGCUUCAAUGGGAAACGACACUCAACUCCUAAAAAGAUCAUGUUUCUCUCUUUCCGGCAUCUUAGUGCCCUCGCUGUGGCUCUUGUACUCUCAGCCAGUGGCAUGGUUAGCCCCCAAGACUGGCUUUUCGUCCUCUUCUCCAUUGUUUACUCGUACUUCCUAUUCAAGUUUGCUUUUCCUAAGCUCCUGUCUUCACCGGAGCCACCAGUUUUCAGUCAAACCAAGAAUUUUCUCAUCUAUCUUUACACUGGAGCAGUAAUUGGCCUGCUUCUCCCUAUAGCAUACAUUUUGGAUGGAAUUUUUGAGGGAGACAGGGAAGGAAUAAAAGCAGCUGCACCCCAUCUUUUCCUCCUCUGCAGCCAAGUUUUCAUGGAAGGAGUUGUCUUUUCGGCAUGGUUUUCGAUUCCGAUUCAGGUUUUCGUGCCCAUUUUUUACAAUUCUAGGAGGAUUUUUAGCAUCAUAGAUUGGCUGAGAAAUGAAUUUUCCAAAGUGAAUGAAGGAUAUGGUGGCUCUACUCGGAGACUUUACAUCGGAAGAGGCCUUGCUAUUGCUAGCAUGGCCUUUUGGUGCUUCAAUCUUUUCUGUUUCUUAUUGCCUGUAUAUCUUCCUAGAGCUUUCAAAAGAUAUUACUCCGCUUACAAGGUUAAAGAUUAAGAUCAAAACUAAUGUAAUGUAAUGUAACGUGUGAUCAGCAUGUGUUUCAGCUUCCCAGUACGAAUGAAAUUGCUGUGAUUUUACUCUUUUGGAAGA